AUGUCUCUCGAUAUCUCGUCUCGCGGGGCGCAAGUGAUUGCGUGGUCGUACAUAACUUUUGCAAUCGCUUCCCUGUUUGUUACACUCCGGAUACUGGUUCGAUGGAAGUUUGUCAGGCUUUUGGGAAGAGAGGAUAUCUGUGUUCUCGGUUCCCUGGCAUUCUCUCUCCUAUGCUGCAUUUUCAUGCAUCUUGAAGUAACAAGGGGUGGACUGGGGCAACGUUACGAUGGACCAGAAAGAUUGAUGGAAUUCCUGAAGUUGUCGUACUUUUCAAUACUGUUUUACAAUCUCAGUCUGUGUCUCUCGAAAUUCGCGAUCCUCCUCCUAUGUCUUCGAAUAUUCGCACCCUCAUCUUGGAGAUAUGCAUGCUACGCGGUUCUUGCCAUCCUCUCAAUAUACACUGCCUGGAUCGUCAUUUGCAGCAUUAUUGCAUGUCUGCCAGUGCCACUCUAUUGGGACAAGAGCUUGGAAGGAUGGUGUUUCCCGAAAGCCGUCGUCUGGUUCACCAAUGCUGGACUGAAUAUUUUUACCGACUUCUUGAUCGUCUUGCUGCCGUUGCCUGGUAUAUACAAACUACAGCUACCAAGGAAACAAAAGAUUGGUGUCAGCCUGGUAUUCUUGUUGGGCUUCUUUGUCUGUAUAAUUUCGAUUGUUCGUCUAUAUGCCCUGCAUACAGGUUCUGUAACAACCGAGCCAACCUACGACAAUUUUGCGAUUGCUAUCUGGUCUGUGGUAGAGGUCAACGGAGCAAUAGUUGGCGCAUGUCUUCCUACAUUGAAACCGCUCAUAUCAAGAUGGUUCCCUGGAUUGCUGUCUUCAGGCCACUCUAGGCCGCGCACAAACACUCACUCUUACUUCCGACACGGAACUGGUGCCGACGGAACCAGUCGUUCGAAUGCUAGUCGAGAACGACCCAUCCCCGACUUUUCCAGUGCAACACAAAUCCUGGGUGAUGACGAUGAUGGUGUUGUACUAGAAGACAUGGAGAGAAAGAAUGGAAUCCAAGUACGCACAGAAUAUGAAGUAGUUCAUGAGGAAUCAGCGCACAUGAAUGGCAGUAGUAAAUACUGCCCGUAA